AUGGCCGAUCCCGUUGGUAUCCUCCCUCUCGCCGUACUGGUCUUUCAGGGCUACCUCAAAGUCACUACCUUUGUGUCAAAGUAUAAGGACUACAAUGAGGACUCGCAGCAGGCAAUGCGUAGAGUCCUCGUUCUCGAAUCGAUCCUGAAGCAGAACCUGGAACUCUUUCUCAGGAGCCUUGUCGAGAAGAGGGUGCGCUAUGCCCUGUUGGACGACCUCAACAGCCCGCACUGGGAGGAGGAGGACCUCAACACACGCCUCGAGAACAAGUUGGGCAAGUACGUCAACCCGGUCAAGGGUGCCAUCCAGAACUGUUCACUCACCCUGAAGAGGAUCCACGAUUCACAGCUGCUCUCGCAGCAAAGGCUGGCGGCGGCGGAGGCGCCAGUUUCCCCCGCACAGCCAGUUCCCCCCCCACCGGUGGUGGCCCCCCCACCGGUAGUGGUCUUGACACGGAAGCGGACUCGCGCACUCCAGUGCAUUCUCUCGGGCGUGCCAUGCAUGCGGCCACGCGCCGAAAAACCGUCCCCACGCGCCGAACACCUAUCCCCACGCGCCGAACACCAGUCCCCACGCGCCGAACACGCGUCGCCCCCACCCGCCGAACACCCGUCCCCACUCGAGCGAUUUGCCAACCUCGUCAAAGGGCUUGUUGAAGAGGUCCAGAGCCUCUGCCGAGAGCUCCGAGACUAUAUCACUGACCUGGAAUCGAUCUUCAACGUGAUCAAGAUAUCACUGAGCUUCGGGAGCGCGACCGAUGAACACGCACCUCCCAUGACCUCCGUCUCGGACAUGGCCACGGCGCGCCGGAAUACGGCGUUCGUCCAUGCGGCUGGUGUCCGGCUCCACAAGGCCAUCUCCAAUGCACUGAUCUGCCAGUGCCACACUGUGCACCUAUCUCUCGACGGGCAGACCGGCAGCUCCCCACCGGGGGUCGUUGAUCGGAAGGGGAGACCAAAGCAGACACAAACGCCAGCUGCAGCUGAUGAUAUACUGGCCCAGUUCUCGUUCCUGUUUACGCAUGGGAGCGGGGAGUCUAUGAGACCGGGAUCAAGCCUGGUGUGUUUCCAGCCCGACGGCAGCGGAGGUGCGGUGGCUACUGGCUCUCCGCCCGGCAGCAGCGGGCACGCCAGCAUCUGUACGGAGGUGGCGGGGAAGGGCGAGGGCUACGAACGGUACUUGCACGAUACCAGCGGUGGCUUCCGUCUUUGGCUAGCACCGUCGUUCCCGCACAAACUCGGAAGUGGCGGCAGUGGCGGCUACAUCUCACUUCAACAGGUCAUCACGACGCGUCCCAGUGAGUUGACCGUUCACGACCGCUUGUUCAUGACGAUAUCCCUUGCUCAAUCGCUGCUUCAUCUGUACUGCUCCUCAUGGAUACGGGACUGGGGCAUCGGAACGAUCUACUACUUCACGGCGCAGGAGGACGAAAACGCGGAGUUCGGGCGGUGGACGCCAUAUCUAGUACUGCGGCCAGGGGACAGCGUCAUAGGCGACCGGAACCGUGAUGUGUAUAGGCUAGGUUACCUCUUACUGCAACUGGGGGGUUUGUGUGUGGAUGAGCUUCAAGGGGCGGCGGAGGAUGCGCGUUCGUCGGAGCUCGAGAUAGAGAAGGCGAUCAGAAAGGUUUGCCGGUCGAUGGGCAGAAAUUAUGUGGAUUUCGUGAGGAACUGCUUGAAUGUGUGGGGUCAGAAUAGGGGGUUGGAUUUGAUGCUGGUAGAGAACUUGGCAACUUAUUCGGGGUGUUUAUUGCGCUUGAGGAGAGAUGCGAUGUCUCUGUUGGAGGGGUCUUGA